AUGCCCCCUGGUAUAGCGGCGGAUACGGCGGCUGAUAUGGUGGCUGAUAUGGCGGCUGGUAAGGAUACUGAAUGGGCGGCUGGUAUGGUUGCUGCAUGGGCGGCGACAUUGGCUGUUGAUACGGCUGUUGAACAGGUUGCUGGUAUUGCUGCUGGUAUACCUGGGGCUGCGUUAGCUGGAUGCUUUCAAGCUCUCGUAUUGGAUCCUACUGGUAUGACUGGUCUUUCUGGUCUUACUGGUCUUAUCUGUGGGUUGAUCUAUUGCAUCCGAAACAUCGACCUCUACAGUAUAACCAUCGAGGAUAUGUCUUAUCUAGGCCGCUUCAGCAGCUUCUGUCAAGUUUCCGACUCUGAAAAGGGGAUGCUCGUGGCAGUCGAAAACUUCAUCGCGAGCGAGUCACGGAUGUCUGAGGGUUCCAUGAGCAACAAGGUAUUCGAGCCUCCGGCAUUCAUAAGCUCGAUGUCACACACUUUAACCACUAGUCUGAUGUUGCGGGCGCAGUAA